AUGCAAGUUCAAGUUGAAUUAAAGUCCAUAACGAAUCUUGGAUAUGCUGUCAAUCGAUGUGGUACUCUGCGAGUGGAUAAUGUGUUAGCUUUUAUCGAUAGUCAAAUUGAACAACAUUUUGAUCGAUUUAAUUGCCAUAAUGAAAGUAACGUCGAUGAUAGCGAGUUGUACAAUCAACGAUGGAUUCUUUCAAGUACUGACAUAACAUUAUCGCCAUCAUUUAAUCGCUGCCAGUUUGGUAGUUCGUAUGAUGUAUUGAUUAAAUUGGAAAGUGAAAAAAUCGCAUCAAGAUACUUCACCUGUAGAAUAUGGCCGUCGAAUAAACGCAAACAAGAUGAGCAAAUAUGCUUCAUCAAGAUGAUUAAGGUACCCAUGUCGCCGGUUGAAAAAUUUUUAUUAACAAACGAGACUGUCCAUGGUCAGGAAUACCGGCACAUACAUAAUAAACAGCACAAUUAUUCUUACUCAAUUACGAUUCGCCCCAGUGAUCUGGACGCUAAUCAGUCAAUAAGAUUGAACAACUUACUGAUUUUCUGCCAACACGCUGCUUGUCAUGCCAUGAAUGAUAAAAAACUGAAAGAUAUUAAUGAUCUGUAUGAUCUCCUUCGGAUAGAACACGUACAACUUCAUCUUAUGAAUGUUGCUUCUUAUGGAGAUAUCAAGGUAUAUAUCUGGCAGACUAGAGAUAGAGAAGAUAAUAAUACCCUCAAUUUUUUACUGACUCAAUCGUCGAACCACAUAUGUCGAGCAUCCAUCAAAUUAAACUCAAAAGUGAAUGCCGCUAUUGUACCCUUUGGUUCUGUCCCGAUAAUAUAUUAUGAAGAUAACUGUCGCGUUGUACCAACCUCUCACUGUUCUUUAUACAGGGAUCGAUUUGGCAAUCCGCAUUUAAAUGCAUUCAUGAGAAUGAUUGGAGACAUUAAUACUUCCAUGCUUCAUUAUGAAGAUUUAGCAUCGUUGACACAAGUAUCAAAAGGUGCCAGGUAUCUCACCGUUAGACAGAACCUUCAUGUCCACAAACACUUUUUCGCUAUACCUCCGAACGCAGUCUUACAACAUGAAGUGAAAGUGGCAGCCUUCGGUAAUACGUCUUUUACGUUCAAUCAGAACGUAUAUCAUCGGUCUCACUGUUUGCUCAAUGUCUUUACCAAAAUUGUCUGUAUGUUUGAUGGCAAGCUUAAAGUAUUACCUCCUUGGCAUAAAAAGAGAUAUAGAAAUUUAUUUAAUAAAGUAGAUCUACGCAAGAUGAAUAUUCCAGCAGAAAUCCCCAGUAAAGCUUGCAAGUAUCGAUUUGAAUCAAGAUUUGAUGAUAUUGAUGAGAAUUUUCAUACAAAUCAGACGGUAUACCUUUGCAAUUCCCUUAACGCUGCAAGCCAUGUAGUUAGAAAUCAACUAAAAGCAUAUCAUACCGAUUUUGGUCAUGACUUUAAUCCGUCAUGCUUAACUGAUUUGCAAUCAAAUUAUUACGCUGAAUCGUUGGAGCAUCAAAUAUUGGACGUUUUCACAUGGCAGGACAGUGAAGAUAAUACUUUACAAUUUCUAAUAAAACAUCACCAACAAGAUGUAUUUUAUAUGACAGCGACGAUUCGGGAUGACUGGAUGAGUUUUCAACCAAAAUUAUAA